AGCAGCUAGCAGACGGACAAAGCAACCUUGGAAAAUGCUAAUGAAAAGCCAUCCCUUUCUUUCUCUCGAUGACUUUCCUAGACACCAAGAUUAGGAUCUCGACAUGGUUUAUAAACACUCCCCCUACCAGUACGGUGGUAUAAACGGCUAAAAAGCGCGGCUCUCCUUCGGAAAUUACCAGCACACAUUUCGUAUAUACCUCGUAAAGUAACCAUGCCGCAUACUACUUCUUCUUCUUCCGAUUCAGAUGAUGAUAGGAUCGCGAAGGCCAAGCCCUUCGGUCGUCAAAGGCCGAUGCGGGAUAUCCUUGGCGGAGGAAAAGUUGCUGAUGUGCUCUUGUGGAAGGACAAAGCAUUAUCUGCUGCGAUUCUGAUUGGGAUAGGGGCACUGUGGUAUCUAUUCGAGGUUAUCGGAUACAAUUUCUUGACAUUGCUCUGUCACACAAUCAUCUUUGCAAUGGUCAUAAUCUUCGUUUGGGAUAAGGUUGCCGACAUUUUCAAAUGGCCUCCUCCCAGGAUCCCUCAGACUCUCUCUGAUAGCUCCAUGGUCAGAGAAAUCGCUGCCUUUUGCCGCGCAAAAUUAGAGGCUUUCUUAUCAAUCUUCUUUAAUGUUGCACGUGGAAGUGAUUUCGGACAAUUCCUUUUGGUAGUUGUCACCCUAUGGAUACUAUCAACCGUUGGGAACUACAUCAGCAGCUUGAACCUCCUGUUCUUCGGCUGCCUCUGUUUGGAAACGCUGCCAUAUUUGUACGAUCAGUACGAGGAAGAGGCUGAUUACCUUCUCGCCCGAACUUUCCGUAUGAUGAAGAAGACAUACAAGAAGCUUGAUAAGGAGUAUAUCAGAAAAAUUCCUAGAGGGCCUGUGAAAGUGAAGAAACAGAGAUGAAAUAGAAGUGGGGAGCUUCAUUGCUGGUUUACGUAGGAGCAGCCACAUCAUGUAAAUUUGGAUUGUACAAAACUCUAUAUGCAAAAUAAAGCUUGCGAAAUUGUUGUAGAAAAUGGGAUAGUUUCUAGUAUUGGACAUCUGAAUGAAAUUAACGAAACUGUGAUUAUCUGGGACUGCAAAAUCAAA